AUGCGUACCCAGGCUCCUUUCAGUCCCCACGGCGCUGGAAGAUCGGUCUCUCCUCUCAUUGGCCGGUCCCGCGGGGCGGGGCUAGGCGCGUUGCCCUGGCUGCCGGGCGGCGAGGCUGUGAUUGGCAGGUCAGCGCGCAGGCGCUCUGGCUCUGCUAUGGCCGCCGCCGCCGGGAGGAACGUGGUGUUCGUGACCGGCAACGCCAAGAAGCUCGAGGAGGUCCUUCAGAUCCUUGGGGAUGCGUUUCCCUACAGACUGGUCGCAAAAAAAAUUGACUUGCCAGAAUACCAAGGGGAACCAGACGAGAUCUCCAUUCAGAAAUGCCGGGAAGCAGCAAAUCAGAUCCAGGGACCUGUUAUCGUAGAAGACACUUGUUUGUGUUUCAAUGCCUUGGGGGGCCUCCCAGGACCAUAUAUAAAAUGGUUUCUAGAGAAGUUAAAACCAGAAGGUCUGUACAAACUGUUAGCGGGGUUUGAAGACAAGUCCGCUUAUGCUCUUUGCACCUUUGCAUUCAGCACUGGAAACCCGGAGGACCCGGUGAAGCUGUUCAAAGGCCAGACUUGCGGUCGCAUUGUUGAGCCCAGAGGCCCCAGAGACUUUGGCUGGGAUCCUUGCUUCCAGCCUGAUGGUUACAACCAGACGUAUGCCGAGCUGCCCAAGGCAGUGAAGAACUCCAUCUCCCAUCGCUACAGAGCACUAAAAGAGCUCUCCGGCUACUUCAGUCAGCAGAACAACCCAGCAGAAGCCACCUCCACUCCCAGUUAGGCUUCUGGUGUCUUGGGGUACGUCCACACUGCAAUAAAUACCCCACAGCAUUGACCCAGGCUUGGGCUGCGGGGCUAAAAUUUGCAGUGUCGAUGUCUGGGCUCAGGCUGGAGCCUGGCUCCGAGACCUUCCCCCCUCGCUGGUUUUCAGAGCCCGGGCUCCAGCCCGAGCCUGAACGUUUCCAGUGCAGCUUUUAGCCCUGCAGCCCGAACCCCAUGACCCCAAAUCAGCUGACCCGGGCCAGCCGCGAGUCUUUGAUUGCAAUGAAGAUGUACCCUUUGGGACCCCAAACUUUUACAGAGAGUCGUCUGUGAGAGGUGGGGUCCAUUGAUGGUUGUCUGUACAGUCUAUGUAGAAUAAAGCUGCCCACUUGAAAACCGG